CAUGUAUUUGAUGAUCUCAGUGGCUCAGUAUCCUUGUCUUGGGUUGGAGAUAGCACUGGGAUCAUUCUAGUCUUGACUACCUUCCAUGUACCACUGGUAAUUAUGACUUUCGGACAGUCCAAGCUAUAUCGAAGUGAGGACUAUGGAAAGAACUUUAAGGAUAUUACAAAUCUCAUCAAUAACACCUUCAUUCGGACUGAAUUUGGCAUGGCUAUUGGUCCUGAGAACUCUGGAAAGGUGAUUUUAACAGCAGAGGUGUCUGGAGGAAGUCCCGGAGGAAGAAUCUUCAGAUCGUCAGAUUUUGCAAAGAACUUUGUCCAGACCAAUCUCCCAUUUCAUCCUCUGACUCAGAUGAUGUAUAGCCCUCAGAACUCCAAUUAUCUUUUAGCCCUCAGCACUGAAAAUGGCCUGUGGGUGUCCAAGAAUUUUGGGGGAAAAUGGGAAGAAAUCCACAAAGCAGUAUGUUUGGCCAAAUGGGGAUCAGAAAACACCAUCUUCUUUACUACCCAUGUGAAUGGCUCCUGCAAAGCUGACCUUGGGGCACUGGAAUUAUGGAGGACUUCAGAUUUGGGAAAAAGCUUCAAAACCAUUGGUGUGAAAAUCUACUCAUUUGGUCUUGGGGGACGUUUCCUUUUUGCCUCUGUGAUGGCUGACAAGGAUACAACAAGAAGGAUUCAUGUGUCAACUGAUCAAGGGGACACGUGGAGCAUGGCCCAGCUGCCCUCUGUGGGGCAGGAGCAGUUCUACUCUAUUCUAGCAGCCAGUGAUGACAUGGUGUUCAUGCACGUAGACGAGCCUGGAGAUACUGGGUUUGGCACCAUCUUUACCUCUGACGAUCGAGGUAUUGUCUAUUCCAAGUCCUUGGACCGACAUCUCUACACCACCACAGGUGGUGAGACUGACUUCACCAAUGUGACCUCCCUCCGUGGGGUCUACAUAACAAGUGUGCUCUCUGAAGAUAAUUCUAUCCAGACUAUGAUCACUUUUGACCAAGGAGGAAGGUGGAAGCACCUGAGGAAGCCUGAGAACAGUGAAUGUGAUGCUACAGCAAAAAAUAAGAAUGAGUGCAGCCUUCAUAUUCACGCUUCCUACAGCAUCUCCCAAAAACUAAACGUUCCAAUGGCCCCCCUCUCAGAGCCAAAUGCCGUGGGCAUAGUCAUCGCACAUGGUAGCGUGGGAGAUGCCAUCUCAGUCAUGAUCCCGGACGUGUACAUCUCAGAUGAUGGGGGUUACUCCUGGGCGAAGAUGCUGGAAGGACCCCACUUCUACACCAUCCUGGAUUCCGGAGGCAUCAUCGUGGCCAUUGAGCACAGCAGCCGUCCUAUCAAUGUGAUUAAGUUCUCCACAGACGAAGGUCAGUGCUGGCAAACCUAUACGUUCACCAGGGAGCCCAUCUACUUUACCGGCCUGGCUUCGGAACCUGGGGCAAGGUCCAUGAAUAUCAGCAUCUGGGGUUUCACUGAAACUUUCCUGACACGUCAGUGGGUCUCCUACACCAUCGAUUUUAAAGAUGUCCUUAAAAGGAACUGUGAAGAGAACGACUAUGUGAUAUGGCUGGCUCACUCCACAGACCCUGGAGAUUAUGGAGAUGGCUGCAUUUUAGGCUAUAAAGAGCAGUUCCUACGGCUGCGCAAGUCGUCCGUCUGUCAGAAUGGCCGGGACUAUGCCGUGACCAAGCAGCCGUCCGUCUGUCUCUGCUCCCUGGAGGACUUCCUCUGUGAUUUUGGCUACUUCCGUCCAGAAAAUGACUCCAAGUGUGUGGAACAGCCAGAGCUGAAGGGCCACGACCUGGAGUUUUGUCUGUAUGGCAGAGAGGAGCACCUGACCACAAAUGGAUACCGGAAAAUUCCAGGAGACAAAUGCCAAGGUGGAGUGAAUCCAGUUCGAGAGGUAAAAGACUUGAAAAAGAAAUGCACAAGCAACUUUUUGAGUCCAGAAAAGCAGAAUUCCAAGUCAAAUUCUGUUCCAAUUAUCCUGGCCACCGUGGGAUUGAUGCUAGUCACAGUUGUAGCAGGAGUGCUCAUUGUGAAGAAAUACGUCUGUGGGGGAAGGUUCCUGGUGCAUCGGUACUCCGUGCUGCAGCAGCAUGCAGAGGCUAAUGGUGUGGACGGUGUGGAUGCUUUGGACACAGCCUCCCACACCAAUAAAAGUGGUUAUCAUGAUGACUCAGAUGAGGACCUCCUGGAAUAGCUCUUCAAAGGAGCUGGGACCGCACAUGGAUGAUGGAAACACAGUACCUCUUACACUCCCUGUGGCUCCGACUUGGGGAAAUAAAUUUCCCAUUGCGAGGGACCCAGCUCUGUUUCUGCUGCUUCCGUCAAAGCCAGAAGGACCUCUACUAAAGACAUGCAGGGGGUGGUGGGGGCAAAACCCUAAACACUCACAAUUGGCUCUGAGAAGAGGGGGAGACAUUUUUAAAUCUUUAACCUCUUAUUUCAAGUUGUCUUUUUGCAAAGUAUGGGCUCUUUGGGGUUUGUUUUUGUUUUUUACGGGAAAUGAAAUGGAAUUUGAAGGGAACAUUUCACUAACUGUACUCCUGCAUGUUUUGCAUGGCGCCUGCCCCAGGGCACCUGCCAACUCCAGCAUCAACCCUCACAAGUAGCCGGUGCGGUCCCUAGGCUCUGCUGGUGACACAAAGCAGCUGCAGAGAUGAACACGGAGGCGCUGGUGACUGGCAUGACUGGGCAGCCUUUCUGCCUCUGGGGACAGCCCUCCUCCGAGAAUGUUGCACACCCGAUCCUCCUUUUUUAUUUUUUCCAGGGACCAGAGAUCAGUGAUUUUCCUUUUUCCUGCUUAAUUAGGCAAUACCCUUGUUAAUUGCCCUUUGGUGACUAACUUAACCAUGUGCUUCCAAGACACUAAAUCAGGAGAACUUAAAGGGCAAUAUUUUUAACUAGGGGCAGGAAGAAGGGCGCAGCAGAGAACUGACUAGAUAGAGCACUAUGAAAGGAGAAAUUCUUCCUUUGAGAUCUUUCAAGCCAUGCUGUGUGUGUGCCUGCAGACCUGCUCAAGGACAGGGCGCAGGGCUUGCCCGGGGUGUCUGCCCAGGCGGUGCAGCCCCUGCGGACGGAACAUGGGCUUCCUCGUGCCCUGCUGCCUGCUGUGUUGGCUCAGUGGUGAAUCAUUCAAUUGGCUGCUUAUAUGUUUCCUCUUAGGUGGCUUGUUGUACGUGGAGCCAGGACUAGACAUGUUUUCAGAUUUAUAGGCUUUAUUUUUAAAAUCAGAAUUUUAUUGCCAGCUCUCUUCCUUGCCCCUUCUCCCCAGCUUUGCCAAGUAAUUUAUUGGCAUGAACCUUUUGGCUGAACCAACUGAAAACGCUUCCAGUGUAAGAUGAGGUUUUGUGUGAUACAUUAAGUUCAUAUUUUAAAUUUAAGGGAGUUUUCCAUUUGACAUUUAUUUCAAAUUCAAUCAAUUAUAGAAUGUAAUGAGAUGGAUUUUUGGGUGGCCAUCUAGUCAUGGAAAGCUGCAAUAAUUAAUUUUAAUACGGCUUGAAUAUUUGCUAUACAGGAAUAUAGUAUAGUAUGCUUGUGGUCUUGGCGUACCUGCUGUGCUGGUCACGGUUUCUCCCAAUAAGUAUGAUUGGGACAUUCUCUGGUAACUGCCAUUUUGCUGCUAGUUCAUUUUAUGGC